CAGCACCUUUGGAUCGCAUUAAAUUGACAUGGCAAGCACUCGGAAGUAAGGCUUCUGAAGUAGGUUUAUUGGGGACAGUCAAUAAAAUGGUUAAAGAAGGUGGAGUAACAGCAUUAUGGCGUGGCAAUGGCGUUAACUGUUUGAAAAUUGCUCCAGAAUCAGCAAUUAAAUUUCAGGCUUAUGAAGUUUACAAGUGUUGGCUUAAUGAAUCUUUGGGUAGUAACCAGUAUUUGAAAACAAAAAUGUGCUUACGCAAAAGUGGACAGUACUCGUCAAUAUUUGACUGUGCUCGAAAGUUAUAUCACAGUAAUGGUAUUAGUAUAUUCUAUCGUGGCUAUGUGCCUAAUAUGCUGGGUAUUCUACCGUAUGCUGGAAUAGAGUUAGCUAUGUUUGAAACAUUUAAACAGUCAUAUUCUAAAGCAUUUUUAUCAGAAGAUAAAAAGUCUAAAAAUGCAUCUCCACCAGUUUAUGUUUCCGUUGUAGCCGGUGCUCUUUCAUCAUUAUGUGGUCAGUUAGGCACUUAUCCUUUGGCAUUGGUUCGAACAAAACUUCAGGCACAGACAUCUUCCGAAAAGACUGGAUUAUUAAAGAUUGUCAAGAAUAUUGUGGAACAUGAAGGUGUACCGGGUCUAUUUCGAGGAUUAGGUCCAAAUAUUCUCAAAGUCUUACCGGCUGUUAGUGUUUCGUAUGCUUGUUACGAUCAAAUUAAAGCGUUUCUACAUGUUUCAAAAUAGAUUUCUGCUCUAUUUUAUUUUUUUGUGUAUGUUAGAUCAUGAAUAUUUUUUUUUCAAAUAAUGACGCUUAUAUUCUUUCGAUAAGUCACAUUUGGAUUUUCAAAAAUCUAAUUUGUCAUAUUAAUUAUUUGAUUGUUGCUUACGAAAACUCUUAUUUCUUUCUUCAAAUAAUCCAUCAUGUUUUAUGAAGAGAUAAUCAAUGCCAACUAGAUUUGAUAGAGCAUGUCUUAUACUUAAAAGAUAUAUAUAGCUUAUUUUCUUUUUAUAUGAUAUUGAACUUUGAAAUAACCUUUGUAUUCUACUUUAUUGCAUAUUUUAUUCAUAAUUCUCAUUUUUUUUAAAUACAUAUUUUUCAUUUUAUCAAUAACAAGAAAUAGAUAUAUAUAUCUCAUAUUCAUAAUUAUGAAAAUUUUCUGGUAUUAAUUAUAUUUUCAGUAUUUUCUUUUAUUAUAUGAGUGUAUCAUUUCUUUUUUUUUGUUUUACGCCAACAUUCAUUCAUUCAUUAUUUCUAUGAUUGAUUUACAACAUAUCGCUUAUCUCUUUCAUUUAUCAUUUCGUUUGAAAUGUAUCUUUUUUUCUCGUUGUUGUUACUUCAAUACACUUUUUAUAAUCUUUCGCAAUUUUAUAUCAUUCUAUAUUAUUAAUAACAUUAGUGAACUGACUUUUUUUUUAAUUUUUGGAAAGGAA